GUAACCCUAACCCCACACCCACUCAUAAACCCUCCGCCUCCUCGCCUCCCUCCCUUCCAUCCAAUCCUCGGAACGAGCGCGCGGGCGAGGAGGACCCCCGACGGAGGAUGGCGGCGGCGGCUAGGGUUUUCCGCGGGUCCCUCUUCCUGAUGUCCCCGGCGGCGGGCGCCAAGGCGUCGGCAGCCAAGAAGGCGGGCGCGGCGGCGGCGGCGGCGGCGGUGGCCAAGAAGACCGAGGCGGCCACUACGAAGCCGAGACUGCCGACCGGGAUCACGAAGCCGAUGCCGGUCUCCGAUGAGUUCCGCAGGUUCGCCGGCGGCGCGCCCGAGGUCGCACGCUCCGAGGCCAUCAAGCUCAUCUGGGCCCACAUCAAGGCCCACGGCCUCCAGAACCCAGCCAAGAAAACGGAGAUCAACUGCGACGCCACGCUCAAAAGCUUGUUUGGCGGGAGGGACAAGGUUGGGAUGCUGGAGAUCAACAGGCUACUGAACGCUCACUUCCCGAAGAACUAGCAAGCAGCAGUCCGUGGUGCCAGUGAUCGCGCUUUGGUAAAGGACUUUCUUGUGGCUGGCCUCUUGUGGUCCAUGUGAAGUCCCAAGUCCCACUAGGUGGUUACACCCGAAAACCAUGUGAUGCCAUUAAGACUUACAGACUUUGUUCAGCAGUUGGGUUUUUGGGCGUGAUGCAUGUAAAAAGGAUCCCCAGUGUUUCCGUUUCUCUUGUGAUCCUGUGAGGACACCGAUGUGGGAAAUAUUUAAGUCUGCUGAUGGCAAAUCUUAUUAGCCUU